AUGCAGCUCACUCACUUCCUCCUCUUGGCCGGCGCGCUCGGCGCUGUCGCCCACCCGUCGGGCCAUGCUCACCUCCACCGCAGCGUCCAGGCCAGGGGCAAUGGUCCGGCCCAUGUCAAGAACGUCCACAACAAGCCGAUUCCCAAGUCCGCCGCUGCCAAGGUGGCCGAACCAGCCGCGAGCGUUGCUCCCUCACCGUCGCCGAAGCCGAAGCCCUCGGAGCCGACCGAGUCCGACGAGUUCAUUCCUUUCUGCGGUGGCACCUCGAGCAAAUCGAAGCGUGUGACCUACGAGCAGGUCAUGUACACGGGCAACCUGGGCACCAACGGCGGCUGCAAAUGGAACUCCAACCUGAUGCUGGUUCCCAACAAGAUCGCCAAGAAGUACAAAUACGUCCAGGAGUAUACCAACGUCGCCAAGGAGCCCUACCAGGUUAUCUGCGGUAACAAGAUGGGCGCCGACAAGCAGCUCACUGGCAUGUUCAAGGUCGAGGGCCAGGAGCAGCUCAUCUUCACCCUCCAGCCCGGCGAGACCAAGACCGUGGUGGCCGACUCGAACACUCAGGGCGUCUGCGCCUUUGCGCCGAACAAGGUCGAACUUACCAUCCAUGGCCAAUACGCUGGUGUCUGGGCCGAGUUCGACUUUGAGAACACCAGCAACGAGGGCUGGUCCGGUGCCGACUGCUCUUCUCUGGUCGCCCAGGCCUACGACCUGGACGUUCCCGGCUGCCGUAUGUCGGAAGGCGGCGUCGACUCGACCAUUCUUGCCGGCGGCAUUGGCGACAAUGCCUACACCAAGGGCAUGGAGAAGCUUGACGGCAUCGGACUUAACAUUGUGCCCGGUGCAACCGUCAUCAAGGUUUAUGUUGGCUUCGCUUAG